AAUUUUGAAGAUGUUUCUCUAUUUCUUCCUUGGUCCAGUUACAUGAAGUUAAAACUAAGUAGCCAGAAGGCAACAGAAUUCUGUGAACAUUUUCUAUAUACUUUUGCCGUUUCGACGCAGGAUUUUCUGGAUUCAAGCUGAUGGCGUCGUAAGUUCCUUUGUCAUGCGCUAAUUUGAAGUCAGUGGGCAAAUCGAAAUGAUCGGGAUCGAGUAUGUCGCAAACUUUCAGCUCGACGUGUGGCAUAUUAUUCUCUGUUAGUAUUUCACGAGCUAAAUCAACUGCUUUUUCUGAAUAAUCUAUACCCAGCAACAGUUCAAAACCUUGUUUCACAAGUUCAACCAAUGUCAUCCCGUUCCCGCAUCCUAUAUCGAUUAUUUUAUCAUUUUUGUUAAGUUUCAGCUGCGUGUGAAUCCAACGUACAACUUUCAGUGUAUUGCUUUUACCAAACCAUAUUUCACCCACGUCUCCGUAUUCCUUAAAGUUAUUAAGAUCAUCCGAAUAAGUCCUUUCCCAAUAAUCAAGUGUACCUAAAUCCGAUGGUGCGAGUUCUUCGAUAUUUUCAUCUGUCAUGAUUUUACUUCGCUUCGUAUGAAUAUUACGAUUGAAUCGUUGUUUUAAAUGUUAAAUAUAUCAAUACCGAUUAUAUAACAUAUAUUUCCAUAAAAUAAAUAAUUUAUAAGAAAAAUGUGUUUCCAAAAUUUCACUUGUCGUGAAACGUGUAAUUACGUUAUGCGGAACUUUGUUUAGCUGACAUAACCUCACUUCUAAAUAAAAUAACCUAACCUACAUUUAAUGAUACACUGCGUAAAAUGUACACAUAUACUGCAUAAGCGUGAUUGUGCAGGAAUCGCAAUCUGCGACUGCUUGAUAGAAACGUUAUUUUUUCAACAGUGUCAGUUUGUUAAAAAUGGCUAGUAAAUUAUUAAACAUACUUCAGAUUGGAAAACAGCGUGUGAAAUCUUCCAUUUUGCCUUGGCGUCAGUUUUCUACGACAAAUUUGAAACAAAGUAAUGUUAAACCAAAAACUGGUAUUUUAAUGUUAAACAUGGGUGGUCCUAGUGCACUUGAAGAGGUGCAUGAGUAUCUAUUACGCAUAAUGACUGAUCGUGAUAUGAUUCAACUGCCAUUCCAAAGUCGAUUAGGUCCCUGGAUAGCAAAAUCUCGUACUCCUAAAGUACAAAAAAAAUAUUCAGAGAUUGGUGGGAAAUCUCCUAUUUUAGAAUGGACAAACAAGCAGGGCAAACUUCUAUGCGAGAAGUUGGAUAGUAUUUCACCAGAAACUGCACCUCAUAAACAUUAUGUUGCAUUUCGUUAUGCUAAUCCCCUUACUGAAAAUACACUACAAAAGAUAGAAGAAGAUGGCAUUGAGCAUAUGGUUCUCUUUUCUCAGUAUCCACAAUAUUGUUGUGCUACAAGUGGGUCAAGUUUUAUUGAAAUAUAUAAAUAUUAUACGACCAGAAAAUUACCUUCUAACAUGAAAUGCAGCGUAAUUGAUAGAUGGGCAACGCAUCCAUUGUUCAUAGAAACAGUUACAGAAAGAAUCAAAGAUGAAUUAGCUCAGUUCCCUAAGGAUAUAAGGGGCGAUGUCAUAAUUUUAUUUUCGGCUCAUUCGAUACCAUUGAAGGCUGUAUCUAGGGGUGAUGCUUAUGCGUCCGAGGUAGCAGGCACAGUUGCCCUAGUAAUGGAAAAGUUACAAUAUUGUAAUCCGUAUAAAUUGGUAUGGCAGUCAAAGGUUGGUCCUGUAAGUUGGCUGGAGCCUUUUACCGACGACGCUAUAAAAGCUUAUGUAAAGCAAGGGAAAAAGCAUUUUAUAUUAGUACCAAUAGCAUUUGUUAACGAGCACAUUGAAACUCUUCAUGAAUUGGAUAUUGAAUAUUGCAAAGAAUUAGCGGAAGAACUGGGCGUUGAAAAAAUACGGAGAACUGCAGCACCCAAUGAUCAUCCCACGUUCAUAGCAGCUUUGGCAGAUAUCGUUGUUUCUCAUCUCAAAUCGAACAAGCCAAUAAGCCCCAUGUUUUUAACGCGCUGCCCUCACUGCGUUAGCAAACAUUGCGCAGAGAGCAAGAAUUGGUAUGCGCAAAUAUGUAAAAAUUGAAAAAAAAAAGAGACAAUUACUCUUGUAAAAUAUCCACGCGUAAUGUGUCGUAUCUGUUAUUUGUAAUAUAUAUGUAUGUAAAAGUCAGUAUUUGUUUUUAUAAUUCUUUGCAACCCUUCUGUUGGUUAGCGACUAUCCUAUAAUGAAAAAUUUACAGACUAUAUAAAACACACGAUAUCUUUGUAAUACGAUAACUCGAAUAAAAUAUUGACAUCUCCUGA